UGCCUCAUCGCCACCCUCUCUUCUCCCUCCCCUUCCCCUUCACCUCACAAGCCACCUAGCCGCACCGCAUUGGCAAUUUGGCAUGGCGUCGUCCUGCCUCGCCUCGCCGUCUGGCGCCGCGCUCUGCCGCCCGCGGCGGCCGAGGUGCCGCGUCGUCGCGUGCUCGGCGGCCGACGCCGAGCCGGCGUGGGCCAAGGGCGCCGGCCGCCUCGCGUGCGGCGUGCUGGCGGCCUGGGCCGUCGCGUCCGCGUCCAAUCCGGUCAUCGCCGCGAGCCAGAGAUUGCCUCCACUCUCAACGGAGCCAAACCGAUGUGAGCGUGCAUUUGUGGGGAACACAAUUGGUCAGGCAAAUGGGGUGUAUGACAAGCCCCUUGAUCUCCGGUUCUGUGAUUACUCGAACGAGAAAACUAAUCUAAAAGGCAAGUCUUUAGCUGCGGCGUUGAUGUCCGAGGCAAAGUUUGACGGCGCUGACAUGUCUGAAGUUGUCAUGUCCAAAGCUUAUGCUGUUGGUGCAAGUUUCAAAGGAACUGACUUCACGAAUGCAGUGAUAGACCGUGUCAAUUUCGAGAAGGCCGAUCUCACAGGGGCAAUCUUCAAAAACGCAGUUUUGUCAGGGUCGACCUUUGAUGAUGCAAAGAUGGACGAUGUCGUGUUUGAGGACACAAUCAUUGGCUACAUUGACCUUCAGAAGCUAUGUACAAACACCAGCAUCAGCCCAGAUUCGAGAUUGGAGCUGGGCUGUAGGUGAUUCAGCAGAGUUCAACCCUAUCGUUCAUGUUAAUAUAUAUGUCGAUAUCGUCCGUUGAGUGUUCAUGCCUGUCUAUAGAGCCACCAUGACAAGCCGCAAAUCCCCAGCAGAAAGACGUGAUGCCGAUUUUCAUCAUAUCUAUGUAUCUAUCGAUCUAUGUACAAACCUCUGUAUAUCUCAAAUAUCAGCAGCAAUGUAACCAUGCUCCUUAGUUCUUA